AUGUUCCAUGCAAUUCCUUUCUUACAUGUGCUAUGUGUAGCACUCAUGUUAAUACAUAUAAAUAACCCAUUUGUAUGUUCAAAUAUAAAAAAAUGCAACAAGCAUAUGGCUUCAAUGAGUAUAUAUAAUUUUACUAGAGGGGGGAAUUUAUGUGGGCGUUUUAAGAAUAUGUUACCCCGUUUUAUCAAAAUACUAUCAUAUAAAAAUUUUAGUCCUUAUAAAAAGUUAGAAGAGGUUAAUGAGCCAAAUAUAUGCUAUAAAGGAAUUGAUAAUUUCAAACAAUAUUUGUAUAAAAAUAAUGGAAAACAACAAGUUACAAAAAAUGAUAAAAAAAGCAAAACAUAUAAAAACAAAUCAAAAUUGUUAUUUAUAAAUUCUUCAAAAUCACCUCAUUUUAAUUUAAAAAAAAAAUGGAAUAAAAAUGAAGGUCUAAACUAUUUAUUCAAUCGUAAAUUAAUCUAUACUCAAGGAAAUUAUGGGAGUAAUGUGUACUCUAAAAUAUUUAAUUCAGAAAAAAAAAAUUAUUCAAUUCAUUCGUUAGGAGAUACUACAAACAGUGGUAAUAUAUUUUCGAAUAAUGACAAAACUAACAAUUAUGAAAAUUAUAAUGGAAAUAAUUUGGAUAGAUAUUUUGACGAAAUAAAUAAAUAUAUAAAUGUAGACAUAUAUAAAAAUAAAUAUGGAGAAGAAAUUUACAACGAAAUAGUAAAUUUAUAUGUUAAAAGAGAUAUUCCUAAAAAUUAUGAACAAAAAUAUUUUUUUAGAAAUGUAAAAAAAAGUAUAAUUUUUGAUAUGGAUAAAUAUAAUGAUGAAGAAUUUGAAAAAAAAAUUGAAGAAGAAUUUACAAAUAAUGGAGUAUUAAUAAAUACUAUAAAUAAAAAAUAUUAUAGCAAAAAAUAUAUAAAAAGAAUGAUAACUAUUCUUAAUUAUUUACCAUUAUUAAAAAUAAUUAAUACCCCUACAGAUUUAAAAAACUUAAAAAAAAUAUAUUUACCUUUAUUGUCACAUGAGUUAAAAAUUUUUCAUUUUUUUUUAGUAAAUAUUACAGGGGGUCAUUUUUCACCAUCUCUUAGUUUAUUAGAACUACAACUAUCUUUGCUAUAUAUUUUUAAUCCACCUUUAGAUGAAAUUAUAUAUGAUAUAGGGCAUCAAACAUAUAUACAUAAAAUAUUAACUGGUAGAAAAUUAUUAUUUUUAUCGUUAAGGCAAAAAAAUGGAAUUAGUGGCUUUUUAAAUAUUUUUGAAAGUAUUUAUGAUAAAUUUGGUGCAGGACAUAGCUCAACAGCUUUAAGCGCAAUACAAGGUAUAUAUGAAGCAGAUUGGCAAGUAUUACAUUCUAAUAAAAAAGGAAAUGAUAUCUUAAAAAAUGAAGAUAAUUAUGAUCGUAAUUGCACACCAAAUAAAUUCUACAUUUCUAUUAUUGGCGAUGGGGGAUUAACUGGUGGAAUGGCUUUAGAAGCCUUAAAUUAUAUAUCCUUUUUAAAUUCAAAAGUUUUGAUAAUUUAUAAUGAUAAUAGGCAAGUUUCACUUCCUACAAAUGGAAAGUGUAUAUCCGGGAAUAAGCCAAUAGGAGCUAUUUCAGACCAUCUUUAUGAUUUUGUCAAAAAAAAUGGCAAAAUAAUUGGAAGUGAAACUUUAAACGAAGUUAACCAUUACAAUAGUAAAGAAAGUAAUAUUAACGAGUCGGAUAAAAACCAAAAUAUUUUUACAAAUAUUAAUUAUAAUUAUAUAGGACCUAUUGAUGGAAAUAAUAUAGAGAAUGUUAUAAAAAUUUUAGAAGACAUAAAAAAUAAGGGAAUACAAAAAUCAACCAUACUUCACAUAUUAACAAAAAAAUCGAGCGAUUUUAUAAAUUCCAAAAGUCCAAUAAAUAUUAUGCAUUCAAUAAAAAAAAAUGAAAUUUUCAAAUUUAAUUUAGAAGAAUUGGAUAGUUGUCAUGAAGAAAAUAAUAAUAUAAAUGAACAAUCUAAAAAAGAAGAUAACGAAAAAAAUUAUACUAUAAUAAAUGAUAAUGAAAUAUUUUCAAACGAAACAUAUAUUAAUAUAUAUACAAAAGAAAUGUUAAAAUAUUUAGAAAAAAAUAAAAAUAUUAUAUUUAUUUCUCCGGCUAUGUUAGGGGGAUCAGGACUAUUAAAUAUUAGCAAAAAAUAUCCAAAAAAUGUUUAUGAUGUGGGAAUAGCAGAACAACAUGCUGUUACAUUUUCAGCCUCUAUGAGUAUGAAUAAAAAUUUAAAUAUACAUUUACACAUAUAUUCAACAUUUAUGCAAAGAGCAUAUGAUCAAAUAAUACAUGAUUUAAAUUUACAAAAAAUUCCGUUAAAUAUUAUUAUUAAUAGAAGUGGGUUAGUUGGCGAAGAUGGAGCUACACAUCAAGGUAUUUAUGAUUUAUCUUAUUUAGGAGUUUUAAAUAAUUCUACUAUUAUAUCUCCAAGUAAUGAUAUAUCUCUAAAAAAGGCUCUAAAAUAUUGUUCUAUAAAUAGAAAAGAAGGUUCUAUAUUUAUUCGUUUACCUAAAGUGAACACAUUGAGUAAUAGUUAUAUGGAAAAUUAUUUAAAUAUGAAUAUUAUGAGAGAUAUAAAAGAAAUUGAAAAAAUAGAAAAUCCAGAAUAUGCUCGAAAUAAUUACUUUGGUAAAUCACAAAUAAUUCAAAUGAGUAACCCAAACAAAAAAGAAAAAGAAGGAAAAAAAUUAGUCUGUAUAUUUAAUAUGGGAAGUAUGUUAUAUAAUAUUGUAAAUGCAAUAAAAGAAAUAGAAAAAGAUCCAAAAUUUUCUGAACAAUUUUCUUUUUCAAUUGUUGAUAUGAUAUUUUUAAACCCAAUGGAUAAAAAUAUUAUAGACUAUGUAAUAAAUAAAAAUAAGCAUGAUUAUUUGAUUACAUAUGAAGAUAAUACAUUGGGUGGUUUUUACACACACUUUAAUAAUUAUUUGAUUGAAAAAAAUUAUAUAUCAAAGAAUAAAUUAUCUGUUAAAAAUAUUUAUUUUCCAAACCAUCCAAUAGAGCAUGCUACAUAUAAAGAACAACAAGAGUUUGUAAAAAUGGACCAUCAAAAUUUAAUAUAUCGAAUUAAAAAUUAUUUAACAAACAAUUUUUAA